GACUGCCAACAAUCAAAACUUAUCGGGAAAAGUUUAACCUUUAAUUCUGAUUAGAGAAAAAUGAUAAAAUAUAACAUUAAUUUGCGAAUAGGAUUAUCUCGGUAGCUUCAGGCAAAUAGUUUUAGACACCAAUUACACUAAAAUAAUAAUGAAAGUUUUCCUCAGAAAAAACUUUGGUACACCAAAACAUUGAAUUAAGAAUAAAAAUUCUUUGAAUAAAGUUAUAAUGUGGUUUCCUAUAGUAGUAAAUGCUUUUAUGUCUAUUGCGGCUUAUUAUUUUUCUAUAAAGCUUAUUCCCAAAGUUAAAGACAAGUUCAUUCAAGCUAAUUUGUUUGGUAUAGAUAAAAGUAAGAAAAUUGGAGUAAAAAUACCUGAAUCUAUCGGAGUUGUUACAGGAUGCAUAUUUUUGAUAACCAUGUUUUUGUUUAUUCCUGUAUCAUUUGGAAAUGGGGAUCAUAAAGAAAAGUUCCCGCAUGAGUUUGUUGAACUGAUUGUGGCUCUUCUUUCGAUCUGUUGUAUGCUCCUUCUGGGGUUUGCCGAUGAUGUUUUAGACCUUCGCUGGAGACAUAAGCUGUUGCUACCAACGAUAGCUUCAUUGCCCUUACUUAUGGUUUAUUAUAUUAAUUUCAAUACAACUACAAUUGUGAUUCCAAAACCAUUCAGAGGUCUGUUUGGAGUUAUAUUAGAUAUUGGAAUAUUUUACUAUGUUUACAUGGGAAUGUUAGCUGUAUUUUGUACAAACGCUAUCAAUAUUCUUGCCGGUAUAAAUGGUUUAGAAGUUGGUCAAAGUAUCGUGAUUGCAAUUUCUAUAAUAAUAUUCAAUUUGAUCGAAUUAUCAGGACCACUCUGGAAGGCACAUCAGUUUAGUCUUUAUUUUUUGCUGCCAUACUGUGCAACUUCACUUGCCUUACUUAAAUAUAAUUGGUAUCCAUCUAGAAUAUUUGUUGGAGACACAUUUUGCUACUUUUCUGGAAUGACGUUUGCCGUUGUUGGUAUUCUAGGACAUUUUAGUAAAACGACUUUACUAUUUUUCAUUCCACAAGUUUUCAACUUUCUGUUUUCUGUACCUCAAUUAUUUCGUUUCAUUGAAUGUCCUAGACAUCGUUUACCGAUGUUCAAUGCUGAAACUAACCAAUUAGAUUGUAGUUUAGUAAAGUUUCAUUAUUCAAAGUUAGGAAUUCUAGGAAAAUUUUUUAUAAAAUUAUUUAAGUUUUUGAGGUUGAUAAAAUGGCAAGAGAAAGAUGGAUUCAUAACAACUAAUAAUUUCACGCUGAUAAACCUUGUGCUUUUAUAUUUAGGCCCCAUGCAUGAAGCAAAAUUGACAACGAUCCUCAUUUUAUUACAAAUAUUUUGUACAUGUUUAGCUUUUACAAUAAGGUAUCCUCUAGCUUCUUUUUUUUAUGACGUUUGAGCUUAUUUCCACUAAAUAUACCAAAGUUUUUAAAUGUACAUAUGUGUAUAUGUAAUUAAUUAAAAUAUAAAAAUCCUAUGAA